GAAUAUCAGUGAUUCAGAUUUGAAGUCAUCUUUAUAUGGUUAUGGUGCAAUAAACUAUAAAGUCAUAAUGAUAAGUAUCACUGAGCCAUGAUAUGCGAAACCUAAAAAUUCGUAAAGUCAGCUAAAAACCUUAUGCUAACGACAAUUAUUUAUUGAUUCGGCUCGUGGUGCGGCUGCUUCAGUGUGACAUACUGUACCAUGCGCGCGGGCCGCCGGUGGCCACUUCUAUAAUCCUUCUCAUUUCCUGUGGUCAAAUUUUAGUGCUUACAAUUUCACACUUAUAAAUUAUCAAAAUAAUUCAGUGGAUUUUAGCAGCCUAUUUAAGAAAAUGCUACCCUAUAACCAGACCGUCAUAGUUAUCGACAAAGGGGCGUACGUUUUACGCCGGGAGGAAGCGAAAACAUCGAAACAAAACACACCCACAAUCAGCCUCGAUAGACUUACUAAAGAAGAUGAAGCAGUCAAGAAGACAUCUUGGUACAGUUCGAGUACUCCGACUAUUGCGCAUUACUUUACGUUAGUUUUAUUAGGAUCUCUGACAUGGGGAAUCUUAUGGUGCGCAUGGGGCAGCAACUGGGCGUGGGACGGGAAGUGGUUCCGCCUGGCUAUUGUGCCCAUCAUAGCCUGGGCCAGCGGGCUCAUACUGCAAGAGUUGACGACACUGCCGCCGCUCCUCGCUGCUUUGAUCACCGGCAUGCUUGCGCGCCACCUUGGCUUCAUAGACAUGCGUCUAUAUCCGCAUAUUGAUGCCUUCUUAAGGAAAAUAUAUCCAGUAAUAAUCCUUGGCAAAGGAUCUUUAUCCUGGGACGUGAGCUACAUGAGACAAAACUGGCGUCAAGUGCUUGCACUAGGAUCGCUUCCAUGGACCACUGAAGUAGUGCUUGUUGCAGUCUGUACACAUUUCCUUCUUGGAUUUCCUUGGCUUUGGGGUUUUCUACUCGGUUCAGUUUACUCAUCUGUAUCGUGCCCGGUGGUCAUGCCCUCGGUGGUGAAGCAUGGUAAGAAUGCCACUGGGACGGUGAACUGGCCACAGCUGAUUUGCACGGCGGGUGGGAUCGACACCGGCCUCAGCGUCGGCGUGUUUGGCGUUAUAUUCACAUUCAUGUUUUACGAAACUCACGAAAGCUAUCGAUAUAUCAAAGCGGCUUUGGGGAUAUUCGUUGGAGUGGCACUUGGCAUAGCGUGGGGCACCUUAGCAAAGUUCGUGCCGAAUUCAAAGGACUUUUUUGUGACAGAACUGAGAGUUUUAUUCGUUCUCGCCGGAGGACUUUUCGCAAACUUUUUCACGUCCGCCAUUGGAUGGGGAGGCACUGGUGUGGUGGCGGUACUUGCGUGCAAUGCGACGGCGGCGCUUCACUGGAGCAAGAAAGGGUGGAAACUGAAUCAGAACCCCGCGGCUACAACCUACCGAGUGGCGUGGUCGACUUGCGAGCCAGUGCUCUUCGCCUAUACCGGCACUUUCUUUGUGGUGCACAGUUCGAUAUCUGAGACGAUGCUAAUUGGAUUGGGCAUCCUGUUACUUUGUCUUACUGUAAGACUAACAAUCACUUGGCUGACGUGUUGGCAACUCACUUUGAAGGAGAAGAUGUUCGUGUGUUGUACUUGGGUACCAAAGUCGGUUGUCGAGGCUGUAUUAUGCCCCCUGGCAAUAGACACCAUUCUAAUGACGGGUACGCGGAGGGAAGAACUCAUUUAUGCGGAGGAGCUCAUGAGGUUAAUAGUGCAAGCGAUUCUCGUAACCACGCCCAUCGGCUUCCUGCUUACCAACAACUUGGGACCAAUGCUGUUAAGCCAAUCUCAUGAAGACUGUGAAAACAAAAGUGAACCAGAGAAAAGGAAGUCAAAUGGAUCUCUUAACGAAGAUAGCAGGUUAUGAUAUUGAAGAAUUUUAGUCAAGGAAACAAACGUAACUUUGAUAAUAGACAAAACUUAGAGUAACUAUCUAUGAAUAUUAGGAAUGUGCAAAUUGUUCAUUUUGAUCUUACUCAGUCCGUCGUAUAUUACUGUAAAAUGUAAAAAUUGUGAGAGUUUUAAAGGUUAUGCUAACCUUUUCCCAGAGUUGAAUGACUCUGCAACACAGUGAAUAUGUCAGAAUACCAGUUACAGUUCAGUGAAUAUAAAUUUUUCAGCACACAACAAUAACUUACAGCUACAACUUGGUUGAAGAUUGUGAGAUAAAGUAAUAGGUAACAUAGAAAGAAGUACGAGGUAAAAUAAAAAAAUAGUAUUUCUCGCAUUUUUAAAGAAAGAUAUGAAUGUAUCUACUAUUAUAAAGAACAAUCGAAAGAGCAAGCAAAAUCUUAUCUAAGUAAUAAAAUUGGUUCAUGUCGUAGAGAUUACCAAAUAGCUAGAUAACAUACCUUUUAUUCUUAAGAUUUGAGUUACUUACUUGAAAUUAAUACUAGAACUAGAAUAAUUACACAGACACAAUAAAUACAUAAUCGAUUUUAUAUAACAAAUUCAAAUUAAAAAAUAUUAAUUCGCAGUUUGCAGCUUUAUUU